UAAUAUGAUAGUACAAAUUUUUUAAAUUAAAAUGAGCGUUUCAAGUGGACAAACAUUGCCAAGACCUGUUAGCAUUUCAGCUCAUGAAACUGAUGUCGAUAAUGUUUCUAUUAAAAUUCCCGAUGAAGCUGAACUUGCUCCAAUUAUUUCCGCAUUAAAGCUUGGAACCUCAAUGACUAGGAUUAAGAAAACACGCGCAGAUCAAAAAAUUGUGCAAUUAAACUUAGAAGAAUUCAAGAUUUCUUGGUUUCGAGCUGGUACAAGCAGAGAGGAAGGAAAAAUUAAUAUUGAAGAAAUAAAAGAAGUUCGCAGAGGAUGCAACUCAAAAGAUUUUUUAAGCUUUAUUCGAAGAAUUGAUGAUCCUAAUUCUUGCGUGAUAAUUGUAUAUGGUUCAAACUUUCGAUUAAAAACAUUAUCGUUACUAGCACAAAAUCCCAGUGAAAGAGAAUAUUGGGUAAAAGCAAUAGUUUAUUUAAAAUGGGUUAAUCAGCAUGCACCCCCUCCGAUACUUAGUCACAGGUGGCUAUGCAGAGAAUGGGCUUUACUUCCUAAAAACUGUCAACCCAAAAUGCCAAUGAAAGAAUUUAAGUUGUUUCUUCAGCGAGCAAAUAUAAAAUUACCUAAUAAUAAAGUUAAGGACAUAUAUCAGUGUCAUUCUGGUAAAGCUAAUGUAUUUAACGCAACUGCUCUAUGUGAAGCAUAUGAAAGUCUUAUAUUUCAAUCUUCAAUAGCAGAUCGUUACGAAGAGUACUUACAUCGAAGUGAUGAAGGUUUGUUUAUGACAGCAUAUGACUUUCAGAGGUUUCUAGUAGAUGAACAAAAGGAUUAUAAAGCUGCAAAAGAUAUGUCUUAUGUCCAUAGUUUAAUGUCACCUUGUGUUCCUGAUGAAUCAAUGAAAAAUGAGAUAUUUUUUACUCAGCAGCAGUUUCUCACAUAUUUAUUCAGUCCAGCGAAUAGUGUAUUCAACGAGGAACAAAAUAAAGUAUGUCAGGAUAUGACAAAACCACUCUCCUGCUACUGGAUUGCAUCUUCUCACAAUACUUAUUUGACUGGUGACCAGCUCCAAAGUGAAUCAUCAUUUGAAUCUUAUAUAAGAUGUUUGCGUAUGGGUUGCAGAUGUAUUGAAUUGGAUUGCUGGGAUGGACCUUCAGAACCAAUCAUUUAUCAUGGCUUGACGCUUUGUACUAAAAUAAACUUUGUUGAUGUUGUUAAGGCUAUAGCUACAUAUGCAUUUGCAGAAUCUGAAUAUCCUCUAAUUUUAUCAUUGGAAAAUCAUUGCAGUAUACCACAACAGAUUAUGAUGGCAGAUAUAUUCAAAAAAUACUUAGGAAAAUAUUUGGUUACUCAGUUCUUAGAUCCGAAUGAAACACAGCUGCCUUCACCUGAGAGUUUAAAAAGAAAAAUUAUUUUAAAGAACAAACGUUUAAUUGAUGAUGACCUUGGAAGUUCAAUUGGUUCAAGAGAUUCAUUGUUAGAUGAGGACUUUUUAGCCAGCUCAUUGAAAACAGGACUAAUUUACAUGGAAGAUGAGGAUAAAAAAUGGAACAAACAUUUUUUUGUUUUGACAUCAAGGGUGCUGUAUUACUCUGAUUCCAAAGAGGCAGCAGAAGAUGACGAUGACAAUGAUGAUGAAAAUAGUGAUGCUGAUAAAAAAGCUGGCGGUGAUGAAGACUUGCAUUUUUCGGAAAAGUGGUUUCAUCGAAAUAUUUCUCGCCAAGAAGCAGAAAGCUUGCUUCAAGAGUAUCAGCGUGGUGAUGGAUCAUUCCUUGUACGGCCAAGUAAUAUGUUUGUAGGAGAUUUCUCGUUAUCUUUUUGGCGAAAGAAUCGUGUUCAACAUUGCCAUAUAAAGUCACGUCCUACUAACGAUGGUACUGCAAAAUACUUCUUAGUUGGUCCAAAAGGUUUUGAUAACUUGUAUAGUUUGAUUAAUCAUUACCAGACUAAUCCACUUAAAUCAGAUAAGUUUGAACUAAUGCUUACUGAACCUGUUCCUCAGCCUAAUGCACAUCUAGGAAAAGAUUGGUAUCAUGAGAAUCUUACUCGACUUCAAGCAGAGGAAAUGUUGAGAAGAAUGCGAAAAGAUUCAUAUUUUUUGGUUCGUAAACGAAAUGAUGGAGAUCAGAAUGAGUCAUAUGCAAUAUCAUUUCGAACUGGAGGUACCAUUAAGCACUGUGUUAUCAAAAAGGAAGGGCGGUUAUUUAUGAUUGGCACAGCUCCAUUUGAAAGUCUUACAGAGUUAAUUGCUCAUUAUGAAAAGAAUCCACUUUACAGAAAGACAAAGCUUAAGUACCCUUGUAAUCAAGAUGUAGUCCAAGAGUUUGGAAUGAAUCCUGAUGGUACAUUUAAUGAUCCUGAACAGUAUGUUUAUAGUCAACCUAAUCUCACAAUGCCAAAGCAAGCUUGCAAAGCAAAAUAUGACUAUACUGCACAAAAAGAAGAUGAGUUAUCAUUUACAAAAGGCGCAUUAAUAGUAAAUAUUAUGAAAUAUGAUGGUGGCUGGUGGCGAGGUGAUUAUAAUGGUCAUAUUCAAAAAUGGUUUCCUGUUAACUUCACUGAAGAAAUCACAAUUCCAUCAAAAGCUGAAGAGGAGCAAGCUAAACCUGUUGACGUACUUCUUGAAUCACAGGAAAUAGGCACAAUCAAUCUGACUGGUUGUCACCUACAAAUUUUGACUUCAAGACCUCAAAGACCCUAUGUUUUUAGUUUAAAAACCUCUAGUGGAGAAUUUGUGUGUUCUGUAGAUACUGAACAGGAAAUGGUUGAGUGGUUAACAUGCAUUCAGAGAGCUUCAACUGAUGCGGAAAAUGCAGUGAAUAAAAUUCGUGCGUUAAGUGAACAAAAGAAUAUUGCUAAAGAGUUGUCUGAUCUCAUAGUUUAUUGUGUCACUGUUCCUUUUAGGGAAACCAAUUAUGAAAACGGAAAACACUUUGAAAUGUCAUCAUUUUCAGAGCAAAAGCUUGAAAAGUAUGUUAACAAAAAGACAUCAGAUAAUCGACUUAUAAAAUAUCAUCAACGACAACUUAGUCGUGUCUAUCCAAGAGGAACACGUGUAGAUUCUUCAAAUUAUGAUCCAGUUCCUUACUGGAAUAUUGGUUCUCAAAUGGUUGCUCUAAACUAUCAAACAGGAGACAGACCAAUGCAAAUCAAUAAUGGAUUGUUUAUGAAUAAUGGAAGGUGUGGCUAUGUUUUAAAACCUGAUUACUUCAGAGAUCCAAAUUUCAAUCCGCAUGAUAAUAAUACAUUUAAAAAUGUUGAACCUUGGAAUAUACGUUUAACGAUUUUAGGUGCACGUCAUUUACCGAAAUUAGGUCGUGGUAUUUCAUCACCAUUUGUUGAAGUUGAGGUGAUUGACUUAAGAAGUGAAAAAGAUACUUUUCGAACUAAAACCAAAUCGGACAAUGGUUUUUGUCCAACUUGGUUCGAUACUUUUGAUUUUGAUGUCGUAUGUCCUCCUUCCGCCAUGAUAAGGUUUGUUGUUCAAGAUGAAGAUAUGUUUGGAGACCCUAAUUUUAUAGCCCAGUCUUGCUUACUUCUAACAAGCAUGAAGGUUGGACAUAGAUCUAUUCCGUUGCUCAAUGCUUAUAGUGAAGAAAUUCCAUUAGCGUCGCUAUUGGUAGAGUUGAAAAUACAAAAUGCCCAGGACGAUGAGGAAUACUCUUCUAUCGCUGAACUAAGAGAUAAAAUGCAGAUGUUGAUAGAUCGAAAUGAAGGAACAACGCAAUCAGUUAUAGAUAGUGAAACAGAGAAUCAAUUACAAAAUUACCAAGCUCAACUUUCCAUGCUUAAUACUACAAGAAGAACUAGGCAUCUUGAAGAAGAUGCGUCAAAGUCGCAUUCUACUAUUCAUCGUAAUUAAUCUUAGAAGAGUCUAUAUGUGCUCAGAAGAGUCUAAUUGUUUUUUCCAUUGGUCAGAAUAGAAAAUUUUUAAUGCAUUUAACAUUUUUUCAAAUUAUUUAAAUUUAGAAGGUAUUUGCGUAUAUAAGCAUUUAUGUAAAUAACACAGUCUAAAUUUAUGUAGGUGCCGGGGUUUCUAAAUUUGUACACAUGGGAAACUUUUUUAUAGGAAUUUUUUUUACAGAAUUUU